AAAGGCAUGCCUCAGACCUGAAAAAACUUCAUAUGAAGCGUUUAUUAUUUGAGCGAAAUUAAUUUACUCGGUUUCUUUUGAGAUAGAAUCCCGCCUCAAUGCAUUUGGCCGGAAGUCAAUCACAAGCACCAAUGCCGUACUUUCAUCAUUCUCUUAGCUGAGUGCUGAGCCGGAAACACUCUUGCUUAAAGGAAGUCACAUCUCUAUGACUCGAGGGCGUUAGGCAUUUUGGUACGCAGGCGCAGAGGAGCGCGCGCACUCCGUCGCUAUUGCGGCCUGCGGAGGCCUGCGAUUUUCCCAGCCGACGCCUUCGGAGACCCGUUUCUCGGCUCAAUGUUCCCGACGUGGGGUCUGUAUGGGGCAACCCCAGGGCCCUAUCCUCCGCCCCCUACAAUGCUGUUGCCGCCGCCACCUUUACCGGGCGUGCUGCCUACCGCCAUGCCGCCGCCUCAGGUCCCGGUAGUCCCGCCGCCUGUUUUAGGUAGUUACGCGACCAGUUCGGCGAAUACUGCCGCUACCGGCACCGGGGGAUUUCUGAGUCUACGGGAACAGCACCUGGUCCAGCUGCAACAGCUCCAGCAAAUGCACCAGAAGCAGCUGCAAACGGUGUUGUUAGGUGGGGGGCCUCCACCCGGCCCGCCUCCCCCGAAUAUGCCACCGCCUCUGCCCAGUUCCUCUAUCGCCAGUAUUUCCUGGCAGCCGCCGGUGCCCAUCGGGCCGCCGCCCGCGCGCAGCUAUCAGAAACAAUUCAAACACCGCGAUUCCCUUCCUCCGCCUUUGCCUCGGGAAUCACAGUUCCGAAAUCCCCCGAUGCCGCCGCUUUCGUCUACAAAUGAGGUUGCCGAGUCGUCGCAGCCCCGCAAUGAGUGGGAGCCCCUGGUUUCUUCGGCCAGUCCUCGCAUGGAUAUGGACAUGGAUCUGUCUUCACCACCACAAUCACCUUCCCAGUCUUUCGUGCCCCAGUUAGAAGUUGAUCCCUAUGUACCCCCACCUCAGCCUCUGCCAGCACAGAGUCAGAUCCCACCACCACAGCCUUACCAGUCCCAUUUGCCCGUGUCUCAGGCAGUUCCCAAGGCAUUUUCAGACCCAUCUUCAGCUGUUUCUCAGUCUUACCCAACCCAGUCCCAAACUUAUCAACCCAACUACCAGUCAUCCUCCCAGCUGGGCCAGCCUCUUGCAACAUCAGCCUCCCAGCCUGAAUCCCACUUCACUUCAUCUCAGAUUACUCAGACCACUUCUGAACCACCAGAAUUAAGACUGAGCAGUGGCCCAGAGAAAGAGUGUGAGCAACAGCAAAGCAGCUCACAUGCAGAUCUAUCCACAAUGACCCCCCAGGAACAACAGCAAUAUUGGUAUCAACAGCAUUUACUUACUCUUCAGCAAAGGGCAAAAGCACAUGCAUUGGGACAGCAACAGUCACCUGUUGUUAAUGAUGCCCCUGAACAGAGAAAAGAAGAAAGAGAAAUACCUGUUUCUAGUGGCCUUUCUGAACCCAGUUUGAAGUAUGAACCCAUGUUACCACAUCCAAAUGAUGGAGAGCCUCCUGGGUCAUCUGUUGAACAUAAGCUAAACAUUAAACCUCCAGAAGAUCCUGAAGAAAGCUUGAGAUUACAGCAGCUACAGGCAGCAGCAACACAAUGGCAGCAGCAUCCACAACAAAGAGUGGGUUUCCAGUAUCAAAGAAUAAUGCAAAAGCAUUCACAGUUGCAACAAAUUUUACAACGCUAUCAACAGAUUAUACAGCAGCCAUCACAUUUGUCAACCGCAACAGUAGAGGUGCAGCUACAGCAUUAUGAGACUCAGAAUAAGCAAUUCCAGCCACUUUACAAAGAGUGGGAACGUGAAUUUCAGCAGUGGCAGGACCAACUUCAGACCUAUCCUCACAAAGACCAGCUUCAUGAGUGUGAGAAACAGUGGAAAAUGUGGCAGGGACAAAUGAAAGCCACUUACACUCACCUUCAGGAGAAGGUGAAGUCUUUUCAAAACCUGAAUACUCAGUGUCCCGGGAAUACGCUUCCAUUUUCUCCGUACUCUCAAACAGUGCAAAGUAGCCUGCCUGUUUUACCUGCAGUUACACUUCCUCCAUCAACUACUGGGUUUUCUGCUGGCCCAGGGGCAUCUGACACGACUGUUUCAAAAGAACCUGGACCUAAGAGCACCCAAACCCCAGAAACAAGACCAACUCUGUUUCCCACUUCUAAUUCUUUUUCUUUUAAAGUUAGUGAAUCGCUUUCCAGUUCUCAGGUGACAGAAGGGAUCAGGCCAGCUCUUCUUCCUACUCCUUCAUCUGGUUCUUUCAAGUCCAAAACAGAUGAUUCUUCGACCACUUCCCAGAGCAUGGAGACAACAAGGCCAACUUUGUUUCCCACUCCUACCUCUUUUACAUUUAAAGUUACAGAGUCAGUUCCCUCUUCUCAAAAUACAGAAACUGCUAGACCAGCUCUUCUUCCUACCCCUACUACUACUACAUUUACAUACAAAGCAACUGACUCUCCUGCUACUUCCCAGACCAUGGAGGCAACAACCAGACCAGCUUUGCUUCCUACCCCUACCCAUACUUCCUUUCCUUUUAAAAAUAGUGAUUCAUCGGUCAUCCCGCAGGCAACUGAAACAGCUAGGCCAGCUUUGCUUCCUACUCCUACUUCCGCAUCUGCUUUUUCAUUUAAGGUUAAUGAUUCAAAUGCAGCUACCCAAGUCACUGAAACCACCAGACCAGCCCUUCUUCCUACCCCUGCCUCUACUUCUUUUUCUUGCAUUGAUACAUCAGCCUCUUUGCCUUAUCAUUCAAACAUGACAGCAUCUGCUAGCUCUUCAGACCAAGAUGAUGCUUAUGCUCCUCUGGCCAAAAAGGCAGCGGCAUUUGGGUCAGCCUCAUCUGACCAUGCUUCUAUAAAAGUGAAAUCAGAUUCUGCAGUAGCUUCUUCGUCUGUGUCCACCACUACUAUCACUACCACCACUGCUUAUCAGAACAGAUCCUUGAAGCCAGCUGGGUUUUCUGAUUCCCCCAGGGCACCAUACUAUGAAGGGCCCAAGGGCCCAAGAUUUGAUGGACCCCGGGGAAGAGGCGUUGAAUCUCCAAGGCAACAAGGUCCUCAUUUUCAGGGCCAACACUUAGAAGGUCCAAGGGCAAGACUUCAAAAUCAGCAUACAGAUGGAUCUUCAGGAAAACGGGGGACAAUUCCUCGAGGGCCAGCAGCAGCAUUUUAUGCUCCUUUGGCAACAUCACACAUGCAGUCUUCUCAAGCAAGUGGACCACGGGGGCGGGGACCCAGACCUCCUUUGGGACAACAGAACCAUCAAGGAGAAAAUAAAGAACUAUUUACUGAUACUGUCAAUAAAUCUAAAUUUAUCUCUGAUGUAAAAGUUUCUGGCCCAGUUCAGCCAGAUAAGGGUCUGCCUAAUGUACACCAAAAUACAUCCAGAAAGGAGGCCAUAGAAGGAGUGUCGGAAAUAAAGAAACCAAGUGCCAUGGAUUCUGGAUUACAAGCAGAAGCAUCCAAAACUUCUUGCACUUCCACAAGUCUGCAUCAGUCCAAUAUUCCUCCAGCACCAGGAGGGAAGAAAAUGUUACUGCCAUCACCAAUCAUAAAAAAUAAAGAUAUAAACUCUACAGAAAAUAAAUUGGUUUCUCCAGACAAUAAACAGAAUAAGGAAUCAUCUAAAGUAGAAAACAGAGAGAAGGGACAAAUGAAACCAGGAGAUAACCAGGGAAUAGGUUCAACUGCCAGAGGCAGAGGCCAGUACAGAAUGGAAGAUACUAGAGGCAGAGGACAGGGUCGAUUAGAAGAUAUGAGAGGAAGAGGAAUAGCAAAUAGAGGGAGAGGUCAAUCAAGGGAUGUUGUUGGUAGAGAGAUAAGCAGCGGGCUAGGAACCCAUGACAAACUUCCAGAAGGUCAGUUAGGCAACUGGGACUCUGGGAUGGGUAGACAGGGAGGUAACCAGGAAAGCGUACUGGGCAGGCAAUCAAAUAGCCAAGAAAGAGGAUUACCGGCGCCUCGGAUGGGCAGCAGGGAAAGAAUCCAAGCAAAUAGUCAGGAAAGAGGUAUAAUCAGGCCUCCCAGCAGUCAGGAGAGAGGACUGGACUGGCAAAUUGGAAGCAGGGAGAGAGGCCCGGGUCGACAACCUACUAAUCGAGAGAGGGACACAGAUAGACAAGGUAAUGGUCGGGAAAGAGAACCCAUUAGAAGGCCUACCAACCGGGAGCAGGACCUACACAGAUGUGAUACAGGACUUGGAGAAAACACUGAAAAUUUACUGCCAUUUUGCGAAGAACCACCAAGGCCUCCGUGGAGUUAUGGAGAGGAAAGCAUAGAAGAAAGUCAUUCAUUUGACUACAGAGAUAUUCCUCCUUUAGAACACAGACGAUUGGAUGAUUGGGAAAGAGAUAGAUAUUGGCACGAUCGAGACCAGAGGUAUGAUGAUUCCCUUGAUCCAUAUGAGAGAGAGGAGGGGGUGCCACAGCAUCAUCCUUUACCCCCUCUUUCACCACUUCCCCCUCUUCCUCCUUUACCUCCUUUGGUGGAUCGAGAACCACUUUGGGAUGAUUGGGAAAGGCCAUUGAGUAGAGACAGAGAGGGAGACAGGGAUCUUGACAGGAUCAGAAGACCCUUGGAUGUGUAUGAUCGUGAAUUGGAAAGAGACUGGGACAGGGAUUAUAUCAGACCAUCGGGGGACAGAGAUGCAUUGAAUUGUGAUAUGGACAUACCACCUCUACCUCCUUUGCCACCUCUGCCGCCACUUCCUCCCAUAGAUAGAUAUCAUGAGGACAGAUGGUUAGAAGAGAGAGAGAGAGAUUUCUACAACAGAAAUUCUAGAGACAGAGGGGGGAUUAGAAUUCGUGAAUAUCCAGAAAGACGUGAUACAUGGAGAGAACAGUCUGAUUUCCCUCCCGACAGAGGAGACUGGGAAAGAGAAAGGUUUUCAGAGAGGUGGUAUUCUGAUGAAAUGGAUAGAUUUAUAUUGGAUCCACCACCCAUGCUGCCACGCUCAUCUGAAUUGUUGGAAGAAGAGCCAAAUUUAGCUUCUGAGCAGUCAUUAGGAGGAGUAAUGGUUCUUAGUCAAAGGCAACAUGAAAUAAUCUUGAAGGCUGCCCAAGAACUAAAGAUGCUACGGGAACAAAAAGAACAUAUGCAGAAGAUGAAUGAAUUUGUUCCUGACACUCAAAUGUCUGAACUCCCAUUACAAGAAAUGUCUAGGUCGCAAAGUGCGUCUGCUAGGAAAGAUAACUUUCAGGCCUCUUCUGAAAUGCAAGGUAAAAUGACAGCAGAGGAACAAUCUAUUAAGCCUUCUCCAGCAGUAAUUAUAAAGCCCCCUGUCUUGUUUCGGAAACCUGGUCCAACCAUUAAGCCACCUCCUGUAAAAUCUUCUCCAAUGACAAGACCCCCUGUUUCAGCUGCAAAGAUUCCUAUCCCAACAGGGAAACCAUCUGUUCCACCAAUUCCCAUUUCAACUGCAGCAACAGCUCAGGUUUCAGUUCCCAUGAUAAAGACAUCAACUGGUAUGCAUCAAGAACGUUGGGAUGAGGACUCUUUUCAGGGACUUUGGGACAGUAGUGAGGAUAAAGGGUUGAAAUCAGAAUAUGACUUAUCUACAUCGGAUUCUUCAUUGCCUUCAUCAAUAUCUCUUCUGCCUAGUAUGGCACCCCAUGCCAAACCACCAAUUAUUCAUCAGACUGUUGACUACGGACAUGGACACAGCCAUGGUCAAGAUACAACCAUCAGUAAAAGUGGACAACAAAUUCCUUACGGGGAGCGAAUAACUCUGCGUCCAGAACCUCAUGAAAGGCAACCCUUUUCAAAAGAACACUUAGGCCAGCGGGAUCGAUACACCAAGGAGAGAGAGAAUUAUUUUGAACGACAAAAUAAUACCAAUCCAGACCACAGGGAUUUCAGGAGGGAACGAGAACCAUAUAGAGACCGGAUUUCUGGCGAUCAUGAUCGGGAACGAUUUGACAAAGAACGAUACCCACGAGAAGACAGGCCAUCUCCUUCAAGAAAUCAGUCUUACCGUGACAAAGAUCAUUCAGUCUCAAGAAGGGGAGGAUUUGAAAGACAGUCAUAUGAGCGGAAGCCUGAUCGUCCUCCUUAUGAUCAUGGGCCUUCCAUGUUUGGAGGUGAUCGGAGAAAUUACGCUGAGGAUAGAAUUCCCAUUUCUGCUCCAACAAUACCACGACAACCGCCACCUGCCCCACGUGUAGAGAGAAAACCAGAAUCAAAAAAUGUGGAUGACAUAUUGAAACAGCCUGGACGGGAAAGUAGACCAGAACGGAUUGUCAUAAUCAUGCGAGGAUUGCCAGGCAGUGGAAAGACUCAUGUUGCUAAGCUUAUCAGGGAUAAAGAAGUUGAAUGUGGAGGAGCUGCACCCAGAGUACUCAGUCUGGAUGAUUAUUUUAUCACUGAAAUAGAAAAAGAAGAGAGGGAUCCAGACACAAAGAAAAGAGUAAAAAAGAAGGUUUUGGAAUAUGAAUAUGAAGCUGAUAUGGAAGAGAUCUAUCGUGCCAGCUUGUUUAAAACUUUCAAGAAGACUUUGGAUGAUGGAUUUUUCCCCUUCAUCAUUCUUGAUGCCAUCAAUGAUAGAGUACGGCAAUUUGAGCAAUUCUGGAGUGCUGCAAAAACAAAAGGAUUUGAGGUUUACUUAGCUGAAAUAACUGCAGAUAACCAGACUUGUUGCAAGAGAAAUGUCCAUGGACGCAAGCUCAAAGAAAUCAAUAAGAUGGCUGAUCAUUGGGAGACAGCACCCCGUCAUAUGAUACGUUUAGAUAUUCGCUCUUUAUUACAAGAUGCUGCUAUUGAAGAGGUGGAAGCAGCUGGAUUUCAGGGGUCGAUUUCUCCUUCCCGGUCUUCCAAGAGCAGAAUGUCGUUCACAGAGGAGUACGAACAGAUGGACCAACCGCUGUCGGAAGAUGAGGACCCGUCCCCUGAUCCUCCUCCUUUCGUGGGUCUCUUUAAUCCAGCUCUGUUUAAGUCCCUGCUUCACAAGGCCAGUAAUACAGCUAAGAUUGGCUCUGAACAGGUCCCUCAGGCUGGGCCCUCCACCAGCAAGGACACCAGUACAGUGUUCUCAGAACCCACCUUUACUCAACAGCACGUUCCCUGUCCCCCCCUUUUACUUAACACGAUCCAGAGACAAUGGGAAACGCCUGGCACCUUCCCCUCCCUGGGGGGGACAGAUAAGAAGCUGUUUAACGUGGAUCCAGCACUAUCAGAGGUGCUAGAUGUCCCUGUUGUGGAUGAACCUUUAACUCCACUGUUCUCUUCCUCCACGGUGUCAGGAGAUAUGGCAGAGGCCUUGAAGGCAGAGGACAAGAAAGCGGAACUUAACUUCCGCAGAACACACCAAGCCUCGGCAUGGGCAGUAAGAGCGGCUACAUCCACCUCCUUCUUCGCCAGAACCUCCCUUCUCUGGUUUCGCCAGCUGCAGGCUAAAGUCCCGCCAGAAGAGGUACGGAUGCACCAAGAUUUGAAUAAAUUAGUGGCUACUUCAGAAUAUAUGGCAGACGCAUCACUACACGCCGCCAGAUUUUCAUCUCGAGCAAUAGCCUCCAAUGUCACCGCUCGAAGACUCUUGUGGCUCAAACAGUGGCGAGCAGAUGUCAGGUCCAAGUGGCGUUUAGCUGCUGCCCCUUACUGCGGCAGACAGCUAUUUGGAGAAGCCCUAAAUCCUUAUCUGAUAGAAAAUAAGGAUAAACAGACUUCCGGUUCCGGAUCGCAGUGUGUGCAGCCAUGUGUAGAGACUCCUCUCUUCGCUGGCUGCUUUCCCUCUGCCUGUAGACCCUUAAUCAGGUCGAAAAGUCACCCUGGAGGGGCAACUACUGUUAAGGAGGCCCUUGUCGACUGUGGAAGGGCGGCAGCUCCUUCCGGGGUCCAAGAUUGCUCUUUAGGGCUGACGGAGAAAAGAUCGGCCAGUAAAAUGGCCGAUCACUUUGCUGCAGUAACCGAAAGUCAGAAGAACAUCUAAGUGUAAAGAACCACGGUGGUUGAUCCGGGUGAGACUUUUUUUUCCUCUCUUAGCCUUUUUCUCUUUUUUGUUUCCUGUAAAAAGCAUUUUUGGAAUUAUUUCUCUUUGAGAGAGCGGUGUUUGUCAGAGAAGCUUUGAAAAGGGAAUGAAAAUUAAUUUUAAUUCACUAUUUUUUAUUUCUAUUUACUUUGGGGCCUUGAAAAAAUUCUUAUUAUUGAAUUUUAUUACUGGAUUUUUUCCUGAUUUUGUCAACAUCAUUUUUGGUGUCUGGGAAGAGAUUUUAUAGUCUACUGAGGACACCCUGUGGAGAAAUUUAAAAUUGCAACUUUUUUUCUAUUUGAUGCUGAGGUUGGUUUUGACCUUCAGAUCAUCAUAAAAGGAAAAAGACAAAGAAAUUCAACAGCAGUUAAAUCCGUGGAGGUAGACAAUGGCUAAAUGUUAUUAAACACAGCCUCCACUAAAAGGUAACAGGACUGUCUCUAGUUACUAUAGAAAUGGAGAAACCCUAUUCACAACUCAACUGUAAACGUACAUUGGAAAAAAACUAUGAAGCCACUGAGCAAAUAUGUGUUCAAAUAAAAGAGGAUUACUACCGAAAUAAAAAAACAGAAACUCUACUUUGAACUUACAAACUGACCCUCAGACUUCAUUUGACUAUUCUACAGAUCAGAAAACAACAGAAAAUGAAUUAAUCAACACUAAAGAAGAUUCUAUGUCAUUCUAUAUACAACCUAUUGAGACUCCUGAUGACCAAAAAAUGACUUUAACUAAACCAUAUACAAUUGCAAAACUAACAGAAAUGGACAUGCAAAUACAACUGAUUGAGAACUAUGACAAUUUUGUAACCAACUACUAACCACAAAAUUGGACAUAAUUGAGUGUCUUACUCAGCAGAAUCAGAUGUCGAGACUUGAAUUUUUAAAACAACAAGGGAUUAUCUACAAAGGAGUCAGGUUUCUAAAACAGAGGAGGGGACUUUUUUUUUUUUACUCAAAUGAUAUCACAAGGAAUAAAGAGAGAUUUAUUUGUUGAUCAUAGAGGCUCUGUUAUGGAAACCUGCUUGGCACAAAAAGAAAGCUAGAAUAAGACUUAAGAGUGUGACCUAAAAUUGUAUGCAAUGGGUUAAAAAGGCUUUUUAGACACGGAUUGACUUAAGGUUCAAGAUUGGUAAAUAAGGAGUUAGAGAUCUUGAUUGAAUAAAGAUUAAUUAAAUAUGUGAACUUAGUAAGAAGAUGUCUUUUCUGUAUUAAUAUGUUUGUUGUGGAUAUAACAAUUAUUUGGAUCGGAUUUAAAUUUUACUGAGUGGGUUAAAAGAGUUACAUAGAGAUUGAUUGAUAGAUUAUAGAUUUAAAAUAGAUUAGAAAUGUAGUUUUGGAGUAAUAUUCUUGCUUUUAGGAAGGAUAGCUAUUUUGUAUUGGAAGGAGAAUAAGAGGGAUUUCUGAUAAAAGAAGAAAUGAUAUUAAUAAAUGGGUUACUAGAUUAAAAAAUAGAAUACUUGUAGAAAAUACAAGAACGUUAUGGUUGAAAUAAUAUGUGUAUUUUAGAGAUAAGAAUUAUGUCAAGGGAAAAGGGAAAGGAGGGACACCUGAAGUGUUAAUAAUAUGUUUAUCUAAACCAAAUUGGAAUAUGGUAAUUGUAAAUAGUAAAGCU